AUGCGCCAAUCUGAGUGGGCACUGCCGAUGGGGGGUUCUGCCCUCCUGUGUGGGUGCGCCUAUCAGAGCAGUCGCUUCCUCUGGGGUGCCCUGCCCACCUUUAGCGAAACUAGUGAAAAAUCAUGGAAUCAAGAGCAUUUUGUUUUGACAUUUCCCAAACCACCUGUGCCAGAUAGAAAAGAGAGAUCAAGCCCUUCAGAACCACAAAUCAUGGUUCUUAAGCAAAACCAAAACAAAAUUGAGAAAGAUCGAAUGUCAAUUGAUAUGUGGAUGAGGCAUUCUUUAAGAGAACUUCUCCAAACACCAUCAAUUUCUGUACCUGUCAUGACACAAACUCCAUCCAUACACCCUUAUGCUUGUGAAACCUUUCCUAUAAGAGAAGAGAUUAAAAAACCUGAAGAUAGUGGGAAAAUAACAACUUUGAAAGAAAAGUUAAAGAACAAAACAGGUCCAUGUGCAACAAGUCCAGAAUCCAAAAAGAUAGUGAAAGGUGUUAUAUCUAAAACAAUUAAUGAAGCUGAUAAAUUUCCAUCAAAAUCAUUACACAAAAGUGAACUAUUUAAAAAGUCGAAGACCAAAUCAGAAACAAAUCCAGAAUCCAAAUACUGUAAUGCAACUUCAAAAAAAGCAUUAAAAGAAGUUAAGAAAGAGCCAACACUUUCUGAAGGGACAGAUACUGAAUCCAUACAUAUAAAUAAAAAUCCAAAGACAGACUUCAUGAACAUCGUAAAUGAAGAUUAUUACAACAAAUCAAGGUCUUGCUCAAUAAAUAGGAAGAUAGUGAAGGGUUUAAAGGUGUCUGAUAUUACAUAUCUUGAUUCUUACAAUCAGACAAUAAAUUGCUCACAGAACAAUUCAAAGAGGCCUUCAAAGAAGGCUGCAAAGAAGACCUCUGAUGCUGAAUCCGGAGACUUGAAAGACACAAAGAAGAGUAAGAAAGAUGCAAAGAAAGGUGACAAGAAAAAGGAGUCAAAGAGGGAUGAAGAGUCUAGUGAUAUUGAAUCUGGAGACACAGAAGUUGCAAAGAAAGAUCCAAAGAAGGGUAAGAAAGAUUUAAAGAAAGGUGUCAAGAAAAAGAAUUCAAAGAAGGAUGUAGAAUCUAGUGAGGCUGACUCAGGAGACACAGAAGUUUCAAAGAAAGAUUUAAAGAAGGGCAAGAGAGGUUCAAAAAAAGAUGACAAGUUCAAAGAUUCAAAGAAAAGUACAGGGUCUGUUGGAGCUGAAUAUGAAAACUCAAAAGAUUUAAAGAAAGAUCCAAAGAAAGGCAAGAAAGGUUUGAAGAAAGAGGAAAAGAAAGAUAUAGGCACUACGGAUUCUGAAUCUGAAAAGGACUUGAGGAAGGGUAAGAAAGAUAUCAAGAAGGAAAGGAAAACAAAUUUACAGAAGCCUCCUCAGAUCUCAGAGUCUACUGAUGCUGAUUCUGAGUCUGAAAGUGACUCAAAACAGGCUAAGAAAGAUCCAAAGAAGGGGAAGAAAGAUUCAAAAAAGGAAGGUGACAAAAAGAAAGAUACGAAAAAGAAUGUAGUGUCUACUGAAACUGAGUCUGAUGUGGAGCCAAAGAAGGGUAAGAAAGAUUUAAAGAAUGAGGGUAAAGGUGCAAAAACUUUCAAGAAAAAUGCAGAAUCUACUGAUGUUGAACUCUCAGAUUCACUGUUGUCUAAGGUUAAGAAAUUUGAUGAUUCUGAUAUCACAUCCAUAGAUUCAAAGAGGGAAAUACCAGAAACAAAGAAAGGAUUCAGACUGCUAGCCAAAAAGACUACUUUCAGAGAAAUGGGGGAAAUAACAUCUACAAAUAGAAUUCCUUCAUCAAGAGAAAGAGCACCACUUCCACCUUGUGAGCUUUAUCUACAGUCACCUAAGAUCAGACGUAUCUGCCAGUGCAACUUGCCUCCUACACCUCCUAGGCCAAGAUAUGCUCCUUUGCCUGAAGCAAAAUGGAUCCACAAGCUGCUUUAG